AUGUCGGACGAUGACUACGCCAAGCAGUUGGAGAUCCAGCGGAAGGCUUUUGAAGCUCAGUUUGGGUCUUUGGAGGCCAUGGGCUUCGAAGACAAAACGAAGAACGAGACACAAGAAAAUUCAUCCAGCGUCGAGUCGCAGGAGUCCGAGCAGGAGGACGGAGACAACUCGAGCGACGAGGCUGAAAGUGAUGCGAGCUUCCACGGUUUUUCUGACGACGAAAGCUCUGCAAAACAAAAAGCAGCGCACGGCGCCAGCCGCGCUCCCAGGGUGAUAAAGUUCGGCGGGGUGACCGACGCCUACGUACCGCCAAGCAAGAAGGAGCAGAAGCUGCUGCGGCUGGGGAAAGCGCCUGUACGGAAAGAGUCUGAGUCGGAGGAGGACGGGCGCUCUGGCGCGCGCCACGGCGGCAGCGACGGCGAAGGAAACGUCGAGGCCGAGAAUUUGCACAACGACUUGGAGCUGCAGCGGUUCCUGAAGGAGUCGCAUCUGCUGAGCGCGUUCGGCAGCACGCCCAGCGGUGCGGACCUUACGCUGCAGACUAUGGACAACGUGGAGUACAAGGACGACGCGGUGUUCGGAAAGGCGCGCGCGCGCACCCUCGAGAUGCGCUUGCAGAACCUCUCCUCCGCGAACGGCCGCUCACGCAAGCUGGAAAAGGUGCCCAUGAACAUUCGCAAGGGCAUGGUCCAGAAACACACCAAGCGGAUCCAGCAGCACGAGCGCGAAGCGCGCGACGCAGGUGUUGUCCUGUCCAAGGUUAAAAAGGGCGAAUUCCGCAAGAUCGACCGCACCUACCGCAACGAUAUCGAGCGCCGCAUAGGCAGCGGCCAAUCUGCCGUCGAUCCGCAGCGCAUCAAGCACCGCCAACGCGGGCUUCAAGUCAACUCCGUGGGCAGGUCUACGAGGAAUGGCCUAAUAAUUAGCUCCCAAGAGAUAAAGGCUAUCACUGGCAGCUCGGGGCCCAAGCGCGCCGGUGGGUCCAAGCACAAGCGUCGUCGCUAG